UAAUUAGCAUAUUUAAUCUAACUGGCAUGCAUCUGUUAAUUAAUAUUACAGGGUUCCCAAAACCAGGCAGAAUUACAGUUUGGAUUGUUGGCUCAUCAAUUAUAAAAAGGGCAUCCAUAGCAGCAAGAUUAAGACCGGGGGGAUGGAGCCUUGGGCUGAACCAAAGAGGGGUAGAUAUUUGGUGGCAAGGGUACGGGGGUUUAAAAUUUAUUGACCUAGUUCAGAAGGUUAGAUACUUGGCAACAUUAGAGGAUCCUCCAAGAUAUUUACUGAUUCAUUGUGGGGCCAAUGAUCUGGGUCAAAUUAAAUUGUCAAGAUUAUUGUACAGAAUUAAGUGGGACAUCCAAUUACUGUCAAGUAUCUUCACCAACACUACUCUCGUUUGGUCUUUUCUCCUCCCCCGCAUUUCAUGGAGACACUCGAGUAACAUUAGAGCAAUGGAGCAGGCAAGGGAUAGGUUAAACAGAUGGGCAGCAAAACAGGUAUUUCAAUAUGGGGGGAGAAUUAUCAUGCAUUCCCAAUUUGUAGGUAAACCUGUACAAUUGUAUCACUCAGACGGAACUCAUUUGUCAGAGUUAGGGAAUUACAUUUUCCUCAACAACAUUCAAGGGGCCCUGGAGUAUUUUGCCAGUGGGGGUAAAAGCAAAGAAUUUCCUUGUAAAUAAUUAUCAAAGUUUUUGGCAGAGGCACAGUGGUCAUCUUGAAGGUUCCUAUACCAUGUGGCGGUGGGCAACCUGAUUGUAUGUCUGCUAACGCACACAUUCAUCAGGUGCCCAUGUGGCCAUAUCGUCACCUUCAAGCUGGAUGUAGAUAUAUGAUGUUGACUGUUGAUACGUUGAUGUUGAUUUAGUUGAUUUAGUAAUUUUUCAUAUAGACAGUUUAAAGUAAAGAGUUGUAUAUUAAAUGAUAUGUUGAUGUGUCGAUAGCAUGAUUGUGAUCAACCCAGCAUGCUACUUGCCAUUUCGGACGACACAUAAUAUGUUGUUGUAGGGGGUGAGCCCUGUUGUCUGGCGACCCCAAAGUUGAUGUUGUAAAUUCAUUUAUAUGACCACUGUGGCCAAUAUAUGCCAUACAAUAAACUAUAAACUUAAAAAAUGUGUUUUUAAUUCUAGAAAUUCAUAAGUAUGCUACAAAUGCAAGGAAUUAGUCUUGUGUAUUGAAUUGUGGGGGCCUGGGUAGGAUAAGUCAUUAUUGUCUUUGAUAAUUGCACAUAUUUCAGCUUGUCUGUAAAUAUGUGCCGUUAUCAAAGCUCUCCUCUUUAUAAUUAGCAUUAAACUAUAUUAAUUUGGAUUUAUGUAUUGUUUAGAUUUAAAAUUGGUUUGUGUGGUUGAUAAUUGUGUAGAUCAAUCUGUUGUGUAAUCCGGAAACUUGGACCGGGAUUUUAUAUGCAUCUCGCGCAUCACUCUGAAUUUACAGCAUCCCCACUUCC